AUGCUGUUGGCAGAGACUGCUGCUGCAGCGAGCAGCAACGCCAGCAGCAGCAUCAGCAGGAGCUGCAAAAGCAGCAGCAGCAGCAACAGCAGCAGCAGCAGCACUCAGAUGGAGGCUCAAGUCACAAGAGCUGCUGCUCUCGCGACCAUAGAGAGAGCUCUUGCUGCUUUAACUGGCAGCCACCAGGACCUGCCUGGAGCAGCAGCAAACGCGUCUGCAGCAGCAACAGCAGCAGCGCCAGCACCAUCGGCAGCAGCAGCAAGGACGACGGCAGCAGCAGCAGCAGCAAGAGCAACAGCAGAGGAUUUACCUUCCGCAGCAGCUUUGCAGCUGCUGUGCCCCGCAGCUGCGGCCCCCCAGACCAAACCACAAAGGGGCCCCCAUCUUUGGGGCCCUCUUGUGCAGUUGCUGCAGCAGCAACAGCAGCAACAGCAAGCCAGAAGCAACGAACAGCAGCAGCACCUCAGCGAUCCUGCUGCUGCUAGACGACUUAUGUGGGAAAGAAACUCAGCGCUGCACGGCUGCAACUCGCUCGAAGAAGCUGCAGCAGCAGGGGCAGCAGCAACGCCCUCAGUGAAGGCUGCGGCAGCAGCAGCAGCUGCUGCUGCUGCUGCAAGCGCUUCUGCAGCAGCUUCAGUUGAGAGAGCAGCAAGAAGCACUGCAGCACCAGAAUACUAG